UUCUUCCUUCUUUUUAAGCACUCCUCGGCUGGCGUCCUCAUCGGUCAUCGCUCGCUCACGCCGCCCGGGACACACAGGAGACAGCCGUCCAGCUUCGCCAGAGGAGGCCCUCUCCCGGCGGCGGCGGCGGCUACCGCGGUGCUGUUUAAUUUGGAGCAAUUUUGUAGUGGUUCCUAUUUCACUGCGCACUUGCUGUCCUCAGGAAGACAUUUCCCCAAAACUGCGUUUAUUAUUCAUUAGAAUAGAGUAAUUUCCUGGCCCCACCCGAUGGACAAAAGCACUGCUCCUGGUCCUGCUGAGGACAUUCUUGAGGAUGGGAAUCAUGCAAACUCUAGCCAGAACACUGAGACCUUUAAGCAUCAAAGUUUCCCAUACACAUCCCAGUCACCGGGUGAAAGGAGAAAUUAUAAAAGGGCAGCUAACAGGGGAAGGAAAGGAUCCGGAGUAUCACCAAGUAGAAAUUAUCCUUUAGGCUCAUCUGAUAGUACUGCCAGAGGUCUUCGUUCUAGCUCAGUCGAAGAGAAGUCACCUAGUGACUCUGUGCACACUCUAAUAGAAAAGGCUGCAAAAAAGCCACCCAGUGACCCUGUACACACUGUGGUAAAACCAGCUGCAAAGAAAACUAAAAAGGGUAAACCCGUGAAGAAAAGUUCGGGCAAUGAGUUCUCGACAAUUCGUAAGCGAGUUAGAUAUGUUUUGAAUCGGAUGAACUAUGAGCAAAGUCUACUUGAAGCAUAUGCCAGCGAAGGAUGGAAAAGGCAAAGUUUGGAAAAGAUAAGGCCCGAGAAGGAGCUGGAACGAGCCAAGGCGGAAAUUGUGCGGUGUAAAUUGAGAAUACGAGAAGCUUUCCAGAGUCUUGAUCAUCUUCUAUCUAUGGGGAAACUCCAGGAAUCUUUGUUUGAUUCUGAAGGAAAGAUAUCUUGCGAUGAUAUUGUUUGUUCCACCUGUAGUACCCAAGACGUUACAUUGAAUAAUGACAUCAUUCUCUGUGACGGAGUUUGCGACAGAGGAUUCCACCAGAACUGUUUAAACCCCCCUUUACUGACUAAAGAUAUCCCAGCGGGAGAUGAAGGAUGGCUUUGCCCUGCAUGUGAUUGCAAGAUAGAUUGUAUAGACAUAAUAAAUGAACUCCAAGGGACCGAUCUUUCCAUUGAUGACUCUUGGGAGAAAGUUUUUCCUGAGGCAGCUGCUGUGGCACAUGGACAGAUGCAAACUGAUGUACCUGAUCUUCCAUCGGACGAUUCUGAAGAUGAUGACUUUGACCCCAAUAUUGCUGAAGAGCAUGUGGCUGGUCAUGUAGAAGUAUCAUCAGAAGAGGAUGAGGGUGAAGAUUCAGACUCUGAUGACUCAGAUUUUAUGACCUCUUCUGACAACUCAGAACAUGUUAAGGAGAAAGAGAAAGUUGAUGACCUUGGAUUACCUUCUGAGGACUCAGAAGAUGAUGACUAUGAUCCAGCAGGUCCUGAUUCAGAUAAAGAUAUCCAAGAGAAGCAAGAUGAGUCAGACUUCACAUCGGACUCUGAUGAUUUCUGUGCUGAGAUUGCUAAGUCUUGUGGUCAGGAUGAAGUUUCGUCAGGUCCUAAGGUCGGAGAUCAUAGUAAUGACAUAGAGGGAGCUACUGUUCAGCCUAACACAGCAAUGUCGCAUCUCACUUCUAAGGAUCUUGAAAUCGACUCAGAUUUGAUUUUACCCUCAGGGAGAAGGCAGGUUCAAAAGUUGGACUACAAAAAACUGUAUGAUGAUGCUUAUGGGGAUGCCCCAUCUGAUUCAAGUGAUGGUGAAGAGUGGUCUGGGAAGAGCACAUCCAAAGAAGAUGAUGAAGAACGAAAUGAAGUGGAUUCAUUUGCACGCAAUAGCUCCAGAGCUGUGCAGCAGAAUAGCGAGUUCUCUCCACAGAGUACUCGACAAAGCUUGCAUCCUGAUGGAAUUCAUGGUUUAGUAAAUGGUCUACAUGCAGGGGAGCCUACCUCUGAUGGCAGCAAUAGUAAAGCUAAGAAACGGCAAUUUGGUCCAAUAAUCACUGAGAGGCUGAACAAGCAUUUCACAAUAGACCAAUACCCUAGCCGUGCUGUUAAAGAAAGCUUGGCCCAAGAACUAGGGCUGACAUUUCGUCAGGUUAACAAAUGGUUUGAAAGUACCCGUAGUGCCGCAAGAGUAGCUGCUACCAAGAAUGGCACUCACAUGGAAAACCAUGGCAACAAGAGGAAGAGGAGCUCAGUGGUAACUCGCAUAGAAGUUGCAGACCCCAAAGAGACGAUGUUGGAAAAACCUAAUGCAUGUAAAAACGAAGCUAUCAAACAAGAUGGCUCUUCUGGAAACUUAGAACCUUUGGAAAACAUAGAGAAAGUUGCUGACCUUGGAUUACCUUCUGAUGACUCUGAGGAUGAUGACUAUGACCCAACAAGUCCUGAUUCUGAUAAAGAUAUUGAGAAGAAGCAAUCAUGUUCAGACGAGUCAGACUCUGAUGACUCCAAUUUUAUCACCUCUUCUGAUAAUUUGGAACAUGUAAAGGAGAAAGAGAAAGUUGAUGACCUUGGAUUACCUUCUGAGGACUCGGAGGAUGAUGACUAUGUUCCAGCAGGUCCUGAUUCAGACAAAGAUAUCAAAGAGAAACAAGGUGAAUCAGACUUCACAUCUGACUCUGAUGACUGUGACCAAUAUGUGGUUUUACCAUCUUCAGGGAAACAGCAGGAUGCUAACCAGGAAGCACCAUUUGAUUCGAAUCAUGGUGAAGAUUUACCUGAGAAAAACACACCUGAAAAGCACAAUGGGAAACAAAGUGAAGCAGGUUCUUUUGUGAGCCAGAGUAAUGAAUUCACUCCGCAAAGUGCUCAAGGUCAACAAAGCUUGCAUGAUUUGGUGAAUGGAGAACAUCAAGAAGAGUUCCUUACCCCUAAUGGAAGCAAUAGUUCAGUCCCGAAAGGAAAAUAUGGGCCAAUAGUUUAUCAGAGGCUACAGGAGCAUUUCACAGCAGAUCAAUAUCCUAGCCGUGCUGUCAAGGAAAGCUUGGCACAAGAAGUAGGUCUGACACUCCAUCAGGUUAACAAAUGGUUUGAUCGUAAGCGGCAUAACACUAGAGUAGCAUCUAGCAAAAACAGCACCAAGGGAAAUGGGAGCUCAGUUGCAGCUCACAAAGUUACAGACCCCGAGACGAUGGUUGAAAAACCUGAUGUAGGCAAUAGUGGUGCUGCAAAUGAGGAUAUGACAUCUGGAAUUCUGAACAAAGGUAUCAAGCAAGAUGGUCCACUGAAACGAAACAUCGUUGAUGUGUUGAUGAGAAAUGUCAGCUCUCCAAAUAGCAGUCAAAGACGCACUACAGCCAAGGGGUCGGUAGGGCCUCCAAAAGGUAAGCCCAGCCAGGAUCGUGUAAAGAAUGCCUCCUCCAGCCGCGUUGAAAGGCCAAAAGAUGGUGAUGCAGAGGAUGUGAUUCUGGCGCUAGAAGCUGUAGAUGAGAAAACAAAAAACUCAGUACUGCGGGAGCUGAAGAAGAGGAAAAUCGGCUGAUGACUUUUCUAGCUAAAAGACCCUUUGGAUUCGCAAUGGGGGCCAUAGUUUUGGGAUUAGGGUUCUUUACCCACAUGGUGGAUGUUUUACUCCCAACAGGAAGCUUGGUUUGGUUUGGGGACUACCUCUUAAGAUCGUUAUAUUCCUUCAGAUCGAAAGUGGUUGAAACUGAGAAUUCAGAAGUGUAGCGGCAACGGUGUAUCAUGGACAAACUAUAGGAUGUUUCGGUGUGCAUUCGAUGCUGUUGUCUCCUUUACCCAGCUGUGAAAUCAUGGUCCUGUACAGUCAUGGGUUGUGUACUUGUGCCAUUUGUUGUCUACCUAGAUGAGUAAGUAGGCUGUUUAGCUUAGAAUUUAUAUGAUAUAUGGAGUAUUGGACAACGUCAUUAGACGUGCAUACGUGUUGUACUGUUCGUAAGGAGUAUAUGCCCCCUUCAUUUUCA